AUGGAUUAUCGCGUUGCGGUUGCGGCGGGCGCGGAGGGCGGCGCGCGGGUGAAGCGCAUCGUGGGCGGCGAGGAGGCGCCGUCCCCGCCGCCCGACGACCCCACAGCCUUCGACGAGGCGGCGGGCGCCUGGAGGCCGCGCCGCGUGGCCCUGGAAGGCGAAGUGGACGCGACGCGCGCGCCGCCGCCCUGCCCGCAGCCCGGCCCCGGCGGCCGCGUCGUCGGCAGCGAGGACUGCCUCUUCCUCAACGUCUUCACGCCGCAGCUGCCCGGCGGGCGCGUGGAGUCGUUUCCGGUGCUGGUGUGGAUCCACGGCGGGGGCUUUCGGCGCGGCUCGGCCAACCAGUACGGCGCGAACCCGCUGGUGCGCCGGCGCGUGGUGGUGGUGGUGCCGCAGUACCGCCUGGGCUCGCUGGGCUUCCUGAGCGCCGGCACGGCCGAGCUGCCGGGCAACGCGGGCCUCUUCGACAUGGCGGCGGCGCUGGCGUGGGUGCAGCAGCACGUGGCGGCCUUCGGCGGCGACCCGCGGCGCGUCACCGUCUUCGGCCAGGGCUCCGGUGCCGCCGCCGCCGUGCUGCUCUCGCUCUCCAGCAUCUCCCGCGGGCUGCUGGGCGGGGUGCUGGCGCUGAGCGGGUCGGCGCUGUCGUCGUUCGCGCUGGACCUGGACCCGCUGGGCACGUCACGCGACCUGGCGGCGCGCUCCAACUGCCCGCACCGGCCGGCGCUGGCGCUGGUGCGCUGCCUGCAGGAGGCGCCCGUCGAGGCGCUCGUCGGCGCCGACUCCGCGCUCGAGGACCUGCGGCUGCGCGCGCAGGGCCUGCUGGCGGGGCUGACGGGGCUGCUGGGCGCGGCGCCCGUGGUGGACGGGCCCGACGACGACCGCGGCCUGCCGCACUUCCUCCCGCGCCCGCCGCUCGACCUGCUCAAGGCGCCGCUGGGGCCCGACGACCUGCCGCUGCCGCCGCUCGUCACCGGCGUCACCGCCGCCGAGACCGCCACCGCCAUCUACGGCGACUUCCGGCAGGAGGUGAUACGCGGCAUCGCCACCGUGCCGGGCUACGUCGACCACCUGCUGGGCGGCCUCAUCAAGUGCACCGCGCCGCUGGUGGGCAACAUGACUGGUACACUCCUGCACACGCUGGCGACCAACUACUUUAGCUUCCUCUCCAUCAAGGACACGCCGCAGGCGCUCAACAGACUCGUCGAGGUGACGGGCGACGCGUUGUUCAACCUGCCGGCGUGGACGACGGCCCAGUGGUGGUCGAAGCGCUCGCCGCUCUACCUGUACGUGUUCGAGCACGCGAGCUCGCAGCAGGGCGGCGGCGCGGCCUUCCUACAGGGGCUGCCGCUGGUGUCGCACGGGAACGGCAGCGGCAGCGGCGGCGCCAGCCCCGCCAGCGGCAACGACGCAGACAUGCCCGACCCGCCCCACGACGCGGGGCCUGGCCACGGCGACGACCUCCCGUUCGCCUUUGACGCGCACCCCUUGGAGCCAGCGGAGGGUGCGGAGACGAACGAGCCAGACGACAUCUUCGGCCUGAGCGACCCGCAGGACUUCUCGGUGCAGGGCCACGUCACCGACUUCAUCGCUGAAUUCGCGCGGAGCGGGGUGCCGGCUGUGCGCGGCGCCAACGUGUCGUGGCCGGCGUUCGCGCCGGGCGGCGGCGGCCGCCACCUGCGCGUGGGGCCCUCGCCGCGCGCCGCAGACGACUUCCGCACCUGCCAGAUGGAGCUGUGGACGGGCGCCCUGGCGCGCUCCGGGCUGCCCGCCGCGCUGUUGCGCCGCCUCCGACGCGCUCCCGCCCUUGGCGGCCCGUCGCCGGCGCCGCCUCGUCGCUGGCGGCGGCCUGGCCUCAGCGAGCGGCGGCGCGCGGGGCGGAUGGGCCGGCUCACGGGCCGGCGGAGGGCGCGCGGCCUUCGUCCCCGGCCCCGGCGCCGCCCCCGGCCACGCACGUCCGCCAACCGGCCAACGUUGCUGCCUCCCCGUACGGCGCCUCAUCGGAUAACUCUAGACAUAAUAGUUCAUAUGACCCUCCAAAAGCCUCAUUAG